ACUUGAGGAAGACGAGUCUUCGCUGGAGAACAUACUACAUACUAAGGAGAUGAGUCAGAGUUGUGUACGGAUGGAGGAGCUGGAUUUUUUCAACUUCCCCGAGGGGUUUCCACCAAGACGUGGUGGCUAUGGCCUGAUACAUGUGGAAUGUGGUGGAGGGCGGGCAUACCCUAACAGUGCCUUGGUGAAGUUUUAUGCCAAGCUCGGCCUUCAUCGCUACAACUGGUUAGAGGGGACAAACUUUGAGCUAGAUAGCUUAAUGACAUUCAACAUUCGUAGUGCUGCAUCUCCUUACUACAUAACCUUGGUUGCGCGCCUUCCCUCUAGCGGUUUGCAGCAGAUCUUUCAGGUUCUCGUAGAGGAAGAACGUCUUGGAUAUUUAGAUUUGACAUGCCCCAUCUCUAGACCUCAAGGGACCGAGAGUUCAAAGAAGGAGUCAACUCCUUUCUUACGUCCACAUUCCGAGCCGGUGUCAGCUACAUACCAAGACAGAUUGGUUGAUUGGCCCUCGUCAAUAAUUCCAUGGCUCUCCUAUGAGAUUGCUUUCAGCGACACAAAGCGUUUUUACAUGUUGAAUGAAUCUGAGUUGCAAUGUGAUUGGAUUUCUUUGUAUGUGGAACUUGCAAUCUGUACUUCCCAUAGGAAAAUCAAAGCUCGGGAUCUCUCCAAGUUUGACUUGGAUAUUGUCCAAGUAGCCAUAGAGUCUCUAGAUGAUAAGGAGCCUCCAAGUCUCAUGUCUAGAGCUGCUGUCAUCUACAUAGCAUAUAAAGACGUGGUCAAGUCUCUUCGGACUGGUGAGCCUUAUCACUACCAAGCUGUGGUGAGACGAGUCAUCAACGAAGCUACAGGAACAUUGAGCAUCCAAGGUGAUUGCUGGAUUGCAGCAGCAGCAACGGCUUUGGCGGACCGUGGCCUCCGCUCUUCCCCCACGAGUUGAUUACCAACUCUAUUUAAGACAUUUGAAGAUGCCUAUCGGAUAGUAGUAUUUUAACUAUUAAUUAGUGAUGCUUAUGUGUUGUGUGCUUUUGGUCUCUAUUUAAGACAUCGGAUGUAGUAGUAUUUAACUAGUGAUGACUAUGUACUUUGUGCUUUUGGUCUCUCUAUUUUAAGACAUUUGAAGAUGUGAUAGGAUGGUAGUAUUGAACUAAUAUUAAUUAGUGUGCUUAUGUAGUUUUGUG